AUGUCGUCCGCCGACACUCCCAACUCCAACAAACAGGAGUCCAGCUCGCCGCCUGCCGCCGUUCCGACUGCUCCCAGCUCAACCGGCGGCGCGACCCCGACCCCGUCUGGUGCGGCGGGUACUACUGGUGCUGGACAAACAGAGAGCUUCGAGAGCAUGCGAGAAUGUCGCAUUCCGGUUCCGAAGCGCAAGAAGGGACAGCCUGCCCCUGCUGCUCAAAAGGAUCCUGAUAGUGACCGUGGCGAGCGUAACGAAGGCGCCAACGAACAGUCCCCCCAACCCCGUAACAUGACUACCGCUACCAGUGUCCUACCUCACAGAGCUGCCGUCCCACCAGCCGUAUACCACACUACUGAAGGAACUCCCUCGACCACACUGACCGAAGCGCAAACCCGGCAAGGCGAGAUCGACGACGGAACCUAUUUAAACCUAGUCAUGAAGCCCAAGUUUACGAGAGCCCCAAUCACCGAAGCCGGAAGAGUCGCUUAUCUCGGAGAGUCCUCGAAUCUCACACUCCUCGUCCACGACCGCCAAGGCUCCUCGGACGUCGUCCACUACCCGCUACCAGAAAACGUGAGGGGCUCAAGGGCCCGGUUAACAGAGCUUGACAAUAUCGAGAUUGAAAUCCUGCAUCAGCGAGGCGCCUUUCUCCUGCCGCCUCGCAACCUAUGUGACGAGUUAAUUGAAUCCUACUUUAAAUGGGUACAUCCCAUCGUCCCUGUGAUCAACCGUACGCGGUUUAUGCGACAAUAUCGCGAUCCGAAGAACCCGCCGUCUCUGCUGUUGCUCCAAGCGGUCCUCUUGGCCGGAUCCCGUGUUUGCAACAAUCCGCAGCUCAUGGAUGCUAGCGGCUCGACAACCCCGGCUGCGCUUACGUUCUACAAACGGGCCAAGGCGCUUUAUGACGCCAACUAUGAAGAUGAUAGGGUUACUAUUGUCCAGUCUCUUCUCCUCAUGGGCUGGUACUGGGAAGGCCCCGAGGAUGUUACUAAAAACGUUUUUUACUGGAGCAGGGUCGCCACGAUUGUCGCCCAGGGGUCGGGCAUGCACCGAAGCGUCGAGCAGUCACAACUCAACAUAGCCGACAAGCGUCUCUGGAAGAGGAUAUGGUGGACCCUCUUUACUCGGGAUCGAUCUGUCGCCGUCGCUCUCGGCAGGCCUGUCCACAUCAACCUCGACGACUCGGAUGUAGAGAUGCUUACCGAAGACGACUUUAUAGAAGACGAGCCCGACGUCCCUAGCGACUACCCGCCCGACCCCAUUCACGUUCAGUUCUUCCUACAAUACGUUAAACUCUGCGAGAUUAUGGGCCUUGUCCUUUCGCAGCAGUACUCAGUGGCCUCAAAGGGCAGGCCACGGAAUGCCAUUGACUUGACUCACAGCGACAUGGCACUCGCUGACUGGCUUCAGAACUGCCCUAAGCUGGUGUAUUGGGAGAUGCCCCGGCAUCACUUCUGGUCGGCGCUUCUCCACGCCAACUAUUAUACGACGCUUUGCCUUUUACAUCGUGCUCAUAUGCCUCCUCAUGGCACAUCUCGAACCCCCAUCGACUCACCAUACCCGUCUCGAAAUAUCGCAUUCCAAGCCGCGGCUAUGAUUACCUCGAUCGUGGAGAAUUUGUCUGCUCAUGGAGAAUUGCGCUACUGCCCCGCCUUUGUCGUCUACAGCCUGUUUUCAGCCCUCAUUAUGCAUGUCUACCAGAUGCGAUCGCCGGUCCCGUCGAUCCAACAAGUCACGCAAGACAGGCUCCGCACUUGCAUGAAUGCCCUAAAGGAGGUGUCUCGCGUAUGGCUGGUCGGAAAGAUGGUGUACAAGCUUUUCGAGGCUAUUUUGGGGAACAAGGGGAUGGAGGAGAAGCUCCAGAAGGCCAGCGGGAAGAGGCACCGUAGGACGCAGCAGAGCUUGGGACAGCUUGAGCAACAGGCUCGCGGAGCGGACACGACCAAGCGCAAGUUCAAUGAUAUGGCGAUGGAUUACAGUGUUAACAAUGCGCCGACACCGCAGGAGUCCUACGAACGAUCCCGGCCACAGACUCCCAAUGCCAAGGCCGAAGCAGCAUCCCAGGCCGUGGUGAACUCGAACUCGAACUCCAUGCCGCCGCCGGUGGCGUCCCCCCACGCCGUUCGGCACUCGACGGAUGCGUUUAUGGGCGGAACAGCAUCACGCCCGCAUACUCGGCCGACGACGCCUUUCAACCCGUCGUUCUCGAUGCCAGGAACGCCUCCGGAUCUUUACCUUGUUACUCGCAACUCGCCCAACCUCUCGCAAGCCAUUUGGGAAAAUUUCCAACCGGACCAACUGUUCCCGGAAAGCAGCAUCGUUCCGUUCCCGCAUCAUUCACCGACGGCGACGCAUCAGAACGUGGAUCCGAACCUAGUAUCACAGAUGCACUCGACGUCGGGAAUGAGGACGGCUCCAGGAGAAGCCAUGGACGAAGGAGGCGACCCAUUCCGUCAGCAGCAGCAGCAGCAACAGCAGCAGCAACAUCAAGAUGCCGGUAAGCUCCUAAACUAUGGAAACCUGAAUCAGAGGAAUAACCCGGUACCACCCACUAUGGCAGGAUAUACGGCGGGACAAAUUGGGGGCCUUUGGCAGAACAACUUCGAUUCGAAUGUCCAAGAUGGAAUGAGCCCGAGCGAUAGCUGGAGUACAGGAUCCGGCCAGGGACAGCCUAUUCCGACUGGCUUGAACGUUGAAGACUGGUUCCAAUUCUUCGGCAUCAAUGGCGACACGCCCAAUCUGGGUCUUGAUGUUCCAAUGACGUAA